AAGAGAAAUUUAAAGUAAAAGAUAAGAGAAGGCGCUCCCGCACCACUCGAUGGCUUCGACGGUUCCUCUCUUCUCCUCCGCUAAACCCCGAGCCUUCCUCUCCCACGUCAAGCCCUCGCAUCCGCCGUCGAUCUCUCUCCGGCCCCGACGGUGCGAGAUCUCCACCAUCCGCGCGUCGAUCGCCUCGCGGCCUGUCGUUGGGGCACCCGAUGAUCUUGUGGCUUCGAUUCUCUCCAAGGUGAAAGGAACUGAUGGAGGAGUUUUGCUCACCAAGGAUGGGCACCAAGAGGUAGCAGAUGUGGCACUCCAGCUGGAAAAAUAUUGUGUAGAUGAGCCUGUUAAGUGCCCUCUUAUAUUUGGAGAGUGGGAUGUUGCAUACUGCUCAAGGCCAACAUCACCUGGAGGAGGUUACCGGAGUGCUUUCGGACGCCUUGUCUUCAAAACGAAUGAAAUGGUGCAGGCUGUGGAAGCUCCAGAUAUUGUGAGAAACAAGGUGUCAUUCUCCAUCUUCGGUUUCGUUGAUGGAGAAGUAUCCUUGAAAGGUAAACUCAAUGUAUUGGAUGAUAAGUGGAUUCAAGUCAUAUUUGAACCUCCUGAAUUAAAGAUCGGCUCACUGGGGUUUCAAUAUGGUGGUGAGAGUGAGGUAAAGCUGCAAAUAACCUACAUUGAUGAGAAAAUCAGGCUAGGGAAGGGUUCCAAAGGUUCUCUUUUUGUCUUCCUAAGGCAAGGAUACUGAAGCCAUAUUUGCAUGUCCUCUUCGAGUGAGAGAACAUUUGCCCUGUUGUAUAUUUUCCAUUCUUUAUGUUGUAAUUUUUUCGUUCCUUCCCCACUGAAGUAUCCAAAUGUCCUAUGAUGCCAUGGAUGAUGUAAAGCAGCAAAUAUUUUCAGACGUAUUAACCUAUGGCUUAUGUCAUGUAGCAUAACCCUCAGGACAAGUAGGCCACAUGAGCUAACAGCUGGUGAUUGCGAGGAAUCAAAUGCAUCAUACUAAUAUGUUUAAUGGUG